AUGGCUUCAGAAAUCAAAGUUGAAGUCAUUCGCAAAGAAACAAUUAAGCCAUCCUCUCCAACUCCUCACCACCUUAGAACUUCUAGUCUCUCUGUUUUUGAUCAGUUACAACCUGAUAUAUAUACCUCAUUACUUCUCUUCUACCCCAACAAUAUUAGUGAUGAUGCGGUCAACAACAUUGAUCACAAUUCCUUAUUUGCUGAAAGAUCUAAGCUUCUCAAAACAUCAUUAUCUGAAGCUCUCACCCAAUUCUACCCCUUUGCGGGGGAGUUCGAAUAUAACGUUUCAAUCAGCUGCAAUGACCACGGGGCUGGAUUUAUUGAAUCCCAGGUCAACUGUCCCAUUUCGAAGGUUCUGGACAAACCCGAUUUCGAGAUCAUAGAACAUUUGCUUCCAACUGCAGUAAAAUCCAAAAUCGUUGAAGCAGGGCAUCUUCUACUAGUCCAGGUCAACUUGUUUGAAUGCGGUGGAUUGACAAUUGGGGUCAGCAUUUCACAUAAGGUCGCCGAUGCCUCUACACUCAGCACAUUCAUCAAAAGCUGGGCUACAAUUGCCCUUGGCUCAGCCAGUACUGCUAGUGAUCAAGUUCUGCUUCCUGCUGAAUUUGGUGUUGCAGCCACUCUAUUCCCACCACAAGAUGCCUUCAAUUCACCCCAACCGACCAUGGAGUUGAUUAAGGACAACUGUAUAACCAAGAGGUUUGUGUUUGAUGCCUCAAAAAUUGCUGCUCUCAAGUCCAAAGCUGCCAGUGCCGCAGUGCCAAAUCCUACGCGUGUUGAAGUAGUGUCUGCGCUCAUUUGGAAAUGCGCGUUGCAAGCAUCAAGAUCAAACUUGGGUAUUACAAAGCCAUCCGUGUGGAUUCAAGUGGUGAACAUGAGGAAAAGACCAGGGCUUGCCAUGGCAGAAAACAUAUUGGGGAACUUUGUUUCGUUCUUUACAGUAAUGACUAUGGAAAGUGACGAAGUGGAACUUGAAAGUUUGGUUCAUAAAUUGAGGAAGGGCAUUGAGGAAUAUAAAGGAAAGUAUGCUAAUGGAGUUAGUGGUGAGGAUGCAUUUCAAACCAUCGAAGGGCUUAAGAAUUUCAUAAUGAACGAUAGCAUUGAGACCUAUGGUUGUACCAGUUGGUGCAGGUUUUCGUUCUACCAAGCAGAUUUUGGUUGGGGAAAGCCAUCAUGGAUGAGUUUCUGUCGCCUUGAAUCCAAGAAUACAACUUUGAUGAUGGACAUGAGUGAUGGCGUUGGCAUAGAAGCGUUGUUGAGUUUGGAAGAAGAACACAUGGCCAUAAUUGAACGCAAUGAGGACUUGCUUGCGUAUGCUUCUCUGAAUCCGAGUGUCGUUUAA